AUGAAGCGCAAGAACUGUCGCCUUCGUACCUUGAAUGACAACUACGAGCGUCGCUUGAGGGUGGCCGAUACCACGAUCGCAACCCAUACAGCUGAGCUUGGCCGCUUGCAAGAUCGGGUAUCGACACUGGAUCGGGAUCUCCAGAAGGCUUCUCAGCGUGCUCAGGCGGCGACUUCUCAACGCGAUCAGGCCAGGGCGGCUCACAUCGCUACCCAGGAUCGUGCUUCAGCGGCUCGAGACACUAUCGCGCGGCUGGAAAAACGGAUUGACCAAGUCGAGAGGUCUCAGAAGUCACGUCAGGAUCUCGAGUCCGCGCUCGCCAAGCUUCAGCAAGAGAAAGAUGCUCUGGCAGUCCAAAGAGAUGAGUUGCUCGGCCAGCGUUUCAUGGAAGUCACCGAUCUACGGGCCGAACGGGACCAGGCGCAGAAGAGGUUGUCCAGCAUUGCGUCCCUUCUCCCUUCCGCGCCGGGCCACAAGCGAACACGCUCCGAGUCCGAGUCUCCACCCCAGUCUGCCCGUGUCUCCAAGGCCGCUCGAUCGACUUCAAGUCUUUCCCAGGCUGGCACUUCGAGUCAUGCCCCUGUGUCUAGGUCCUCGAUCGAGCUUCUGUCUGCCGCGGCUGUCGGCCAGAAAGCUACACGGCCGGUGUCAUCUCCUUCAUCCGCUGGUCCUCCUAAUCAUCUCCCUCGAUCUGUUCGAUCGGCUGCUAAGAGUGGCAGCGGAGGUGCUUCGUCGCCCCCUGCAGCUUCUGAGGCAAAAGGGCGUUCUGAUGGUGGCGAGAGCUCUUCCGGCAAAUCCGGUUAA